AUGACGGUCCCACGUGAUUGUGACGCACAAACGAGCGAUUCCAUUUAUUUGUACCAGACAGAUUUUUCCACGAAAGCAUUAUACAUUCGUUGGAACCAAGGUGCCAAAAUGGACCAGUGUGACUGUUCUAAAUCUGGAUCUUGUAACUGCGGGCAAAACUGCAAAUGCACCAACUGCAAGUGCGCACAUAGCAAGAAAAGUUGCGGCAGUUGUCCAUCUGAAUGCAGUAAGGACAAGAAGGGCUGCGAGAGCGCGUGCAAGGACAAGGAGAAAUCUUGCGACACACACUGCUGCAAAUGAAAGUCUGUGAUAUGUGCUGUGACACUGUGUUCUACAAUAAUAAAAAAAUAUAAUUCUAUCGUGUA